AAAGGAACUUGGUGAGCGUUCAGAUAUAAUGAUAUAUAACUUAUAACCAGGAUUUCAGAUUAUAUGUAUUUAGCUUGUUUAAUAACCACUAUAGGAGUAGAACUAUGAUAGAUUUUUAGUUUCCUCUCCUGUAUAUUUUUGUUACCAGCCAGUCUGCCUACUUUCAAGGUGUAAACAGGAGAGGAAUAGAAAGACUGAAUAUAAAAAUAAAUUCCAAAACAGUGAAAUCCAUGGAAAACUAAUGCAAGGAAAACGUUGAAGUCUGUCUUCUCUGGCAGGAAAUUUGGAGAGCGACCUCAACCAAAACGGCUUACCAGGGAAGCAAUGCGAAAUUACCUAAAGGAGCGAGGUGAUCAAACAGUGCUAAUACUCCAUGCGAAAGUUGCGCAGAAAUCAUACGGAAAUGAAAAAAGGUUCUUUUGCCCUCCUCCAUGUGUGUAUCUUAUGGGCAGUGGAUGGAAGAAAAAAAAAGAGCAAAUGGAACGGGAUGGUUGCACUGAGCAAGAGUCACAACCUUGCGCCUUCAUUGGAAUAGGAAACAGCGACCAAGAAAUGCAGCAGCUCAACUUGGAAGGAAAGAAUUAUUGCACUGCCAAAACAUUAUACAUAUCAGACUCAGACAAGAGAAAGCACUUCAUGUUAUCAGUAAAAAUGUUCUAUGGCAAUAGUGACGACAUCGGUGUGUUCCUCAGUAAACGGAUCAAAGUCAUCUCCAAACCUUCUAAAAAGAAACAGUCACUGAAAAAUGCAGACUUAUGUAUUGCGUCAGGGACAAAAGUGGCACUAUUUAAUAGACUUCGAUCCCAAACAGUUAGCACCAGAUAUUUGCACGUAGAAGGUGGUAAUUUCCAUGCCAGUUCACAACAGUGGGGAGCAUUUUACAUUCACCUCUUGGAUGAUGAUGAAUCGGAAGGAGAAGAAUUCACAGUGAGGGAUGGCUACAUUCAUUAUGGGCAGACGGUCAAACUUGUAUGCUCAGUUACUGGCAUGGCACUCCCAAGACUGAUAAUUCGAAAAGUAGAUAAACAAACAGCGUUAUUGGAUGCAGAUGAUCCAGUAUCGCAGCUCCAUAAAUGUGCAUUUUACCUUAAAGACACUGAGAGAAUGUAUUUGUGCCUUUCCCAGGAGAGAAUAAUCCAAUUUCAAGCCACUCCAUGCCCAAAAGAACCAAAUAAAGAAAUGAUUAAUGAUGGAGCUUCUUGGACAAUCAUUAGCACAGAUAAAGCAGAAUACACAUUUUAUGAGGGGAUGGGACCGGUCCAUGCUCCAGUGACACCUGUGCCUGUUGUAGAAAGUCUUCAAUUGAACGGUGGUGGGGAUGUAGCGAUGUUGGAACUUACAGGACAGAACUUCACUCCAAAUUUACGUGUCUGGUUUGGGGACGUGGAAGCUGAAACCAUGUACAGAUGCGCAGAGAGCAUGCUAUGUGUUGUUCCAGACAUUUCUGCAUUUCGAGAGGGUUGGAGGUGGGUCCGUCAGCCAGUCCAGGUUCCAGUAACUUUGGUCCGUAACGAUGGCAUAAUUUACUCCACCAGCCUUACCUUUACAUACACACCGGAACCAGGGCCAAGACCACACUGCAGUGCUGCUGGAGCAAUCCUCAGAGCCAACUCAAGCCUCAUGGCUUCCAGCGAAACAAAUACAAACAGCGAGGGAAGUUACACAAACGUCAGCACAAAUCCAACCAAUGUCACAUCAUCUACAGCAACUGUAGUUUCCUAACUACUGUUGUUUGUCUGGACUUGAACUGACUUUUACGUGCUACAUUCAAGAGAACUGAACAAUUUUUGUGGUUUCAUGGGAAAACACCUUUCCAUUUUAGGUGAUGUUAUUUGAACCUUGUUACCUGCAAGUGCUGAUCUUAAAUAUAGAAGCCACAAUAAAAAAAAAUACAAAAAAAAAAAUACAAAAAAAACCAAACAUCCGAAACAUAAGAACUUUAUUGAAAAUCUAUUUUUCAGCUGUUUUUUUUAAUGGGCAAGAAACAAAAAAUGUGGCUGGGAUAUAUGUUGAGCAAACUAGGAAACAUGAACACAACAUAGUUUUUAUGGACCAAGGAACUUGUAUAAGCUUUAGUAUAAAAGGUACAUUUUCACCAUACCUUUUUUGUAUCACAACAUAUAGUACACUUUUGUUACCAAAUAGUUUAUAUUUUUUUUUCCUCUGAGCUUUUGCUCUGAAGUAUAUUCAGGUUCCAAGCCUGACCAUGCUUGUAUAAUCUAAUUACCAUACUCUUCCAGUUUUAAAAAAAUAUAUAUAUUUUUGGUCUGUGGCUGGAACUGUUCCUUUUUUUAAACUGAAGUCUUGUGACUUUUUAUGAACUGAAAUUGUUUUUAUUUCAGCAAGUAGAACCUUGUAAAGGCCAGCAUAUUUUUUUUAAGAUUAUAUGAAGUCUGUGCAAAAGCUUUAAAAAAUGCCUCUGCCUUGCCUGCAAUACAUGCAAUGUAUGUUAACUUUAGUGCUCUGUUUUCAGUCAUUGUUAAUAGUUAUUUCUGUUUUCCUUUUUUAAAUAUGUAUUUAUAGUGAUAAUUCAUGAGGUUCUAACAUUACAUGAGUUUUUUUUAAAGUGGCAUCUCAAGCAGUCAUAUUAAUGAUUGUUCAUGUCACAGGCAUAUGUUGGUGUUUUUGAAGGGUUGUUACUGGGUUACUCCCCCUCUUCCUUGCUCAGUCAUACUACAUCUGAAAAUGUUUCAGGAUCUGUUCAGGUUUUUCUAAUCUUGUACAUAAUUUGUAUUAAGUGUAAGUUAAAUGUUUUAUUUCGAAAGUGGAAUGUUCCCAAUAAUUCAUUUGGCAGCAUGUCUUCUGUCUUGUUGGCGUGUAACUAAAAUACCAUGAGAAGUAUGUGCUACAAAUGGGAUUGGUAGGUGAUGCCCUUCAUCACUUGAGAAUCACAAGCAGCAUGUUUUUCUUCAUACUGUUCAGUAAAUUAGGCCAGACUUUGGUGUAACACUUGUAUUGAGAACGUGCUUUCAUUGUGAAGUGAUCAUACCAUAAUAACUAGAAGUAAAUUUUAUUACUUAGAAAUGUUCAAAUAGAAAAUUGUAAAAGCACUAUGAAGAUGUCAACUCCUCUCAUCCUUAUUUCCUGUGGGUUUCUCUUUCCCUGCCAACAGCUUGUGCAACGUUCAAGUCUUCUCUCCAUCAUAAAUGCAAGGCUCAUUUGCACUUUGACUUUGUUGGUUGUUGCAUUUGUUUUUCAUUUUGACUUUGCCAUGUUUUGUCCCUCCUUGCAGACCUGCCUGCUUCAUUUGUAUUUGAAAGUAUACCCCAGUAGGUCAUUUGUAGUCUCCGAACUAGGUAUAGACUCAUAGGACAAGUUCUGACAGUGUGAUCUUCCUCUUCAAAAGCCAAAAUACAAAUGUUAUGGUAUGUUCAGCCUUUUCUGUACCCUGAAGCAAGAGUCACAACUGCUGUGUAAAUCGGAACCUGUGGCUUUGCCCUGUAGGCAUUGCUUACAAGCUUUCCUGUUGACCAUUUUCAUAGGGUUUUUGUUUCUGACCACUUACUCCCGUUUCGAUGCCCACCACCAUUUUAAAGCAUUGUCUCUGCACCGUAUUUGUGAACUCUGACGCUCCAUUUUACUUGUUUGCUUUAGUGCUCUGUUGUAUGUGUGAAAACAAUGUGGUUAAAGGAAGAAAUCGGUUAUGAAGCAUAUUUAGCUAAUAGUAAAAUCAGUGCCACUGUCCUUCUAAAACGUGCUUGUAUUUUACCACAGGCCUUCAUAUUUGCUCUUCUCUGUUACAAAACUUGUUCCCAUGACAUAGUCACAAUGCUAGUUGUUAGCACUAGUGAAUACUGCCUCACCUCAUCUGUUUCAGUGACCAAGGGCAGAAUUCAUUGUGGCCUUAUCUCUGUUUUAAACUGUUUACUGGCAUUUACUUGCAAAUCUGUUUACCUUUGUAUGUGCUAUAAGAUUUUGUUUUAAUUGUGUUGUGGCAGGAAUCAUUUCACGGUGUUUUUGUUAGAAGCACAUAAAUAUCUUGCGGUAUGGCUUAGUUCAAAAGCCACAAAUUUUCAUCAAUAAUUAGACUGAGAAUUAAAAUAAGUGAGAUAGAUAUAUAGAUAUAGAUAUAGAUAUAUCUAUAUAUCUAUCAGAUUUAGAGGGUAUUCAAGAACAAACCAUGAUAUACACACAGUAGGCAAACCAUAACAAGCCUUUUAACCUUCAAAGACUAUUUAAAAUAGCUUUUCAGAACUUGACAUGUGCUUUUGUACUCAUUUUAAAAGUUUUACAUAUAAAUGCAAUACUUCUUAUAUUCAGUUUCUUUACUUGCAGUAAUUUUGCCCAGUAGAUGUAAUGUUCCUUGACUUGUAAAGAACCUAAUGACUUAGCCUAAUUUCUGCUGUUCUACACACUACAGCCAAGUGGGUGAAAAAAAAGAGACUAUUAUGUUCUGCUUACAAGACCAUUUUAAACCCCAUUUUUCCCUUGGGCUUGUGGCUCCGUUGUUUCCGGUAGUUAUUUUGUAGUACAGAAAUGGUCUUCCAGGUCCUUACUGUUGUUAAGAUGUCCAGUUGUUCAGAUAGAUUAUCUUCCUGAACUUUUUCCUGUGAGGUAAUAUUGUUACAUUUAUUGGCCUUGUGAGCUGUUAAUCAAUUUUCAUUAUAUUAACAAUAUCUCAAGAUUUUGAUAAAACUGCUUUUAGAAUGUUUCAGUAUGAAACUAUUAUAACUGUUCAAGUCUAGCUGUUAAGUCUGCUGUUAAUUCUAUAUACAUAGAAAUUGAGUCUGUGUUCAGAAUGUUGUUAUAGCUCCAACUAUAGGAAGAAAAAGCAAAUUAAGUGCUCAAAUUUAGCUAUGCCUUUUCUUGUUUUCUUUUGUUUGGAACUGCAUUUCAGAAUUCAACACUAGCGUAGUCUUUAAUAAUCUGCUGCUGAUGUUUUUCCUAAUUAUUUGCCCUGGGGGCAUCCCACGACUGUGUUAAUAAUGGUAUUCUGUACUUCUUUUCAUUGCAUAGACUUGUAAGAUCAGAAUGGUUACCUGAAAAGACAUGAACUCAAGACAUAAAUCAGUGAAUUUCCCAUAUACAAAAUAUUAAUGCCAAGUGAAACAAAUUGUCUAUUGGAAGUAAGCUACCCACUUGUAGAUUAAAUGACUCCAUGGAGGUGUCUGUCUUGAAACUAAGAUGUUCUUCAAUUAUUAACCAUAUUCUUUACUUUCUUUCAAAAGCAGCUGUGUUUAUGAGUACUGAACAAAUGUGUAGUUUCCUGUGCCAGACUUUUGACUUUGUUUUCAAGCACUGUACUGUGGGAUUGAGUGGCAGCUUUGUUAGAAAAAGAAGUAUGUUAGGGUUUCUAUUUAACCCUUUUAGGACUGAACAAUUUCUUCCUUUUAGAAGCUGUAAAAUAAAUGAGCAGUUCUAACUUUGUAAACAUUCUGUCUGUGUUCAGCACUGCAUUUGCCCCAUCUGGAGGUGCUAUGCUAAUGUCUUUUUUUUUUUUUUUUUAAAUCCUGUAGCAUGUGUAUACAUUCAGUCUUAAAAGGGUUAUUUUUACAAACUGUGCACCUGUAAAGUUUCUUAGCAAUAAGAUAGAAAAAUGAGCAAGUUUUUACCAUAAUUUUGUAGAAUUAAUUGCUCAGUUCCAUAUUUCAUCAAGAAAAACCCUGCAAUAUGGGCAGUUUUGAGGAUUAAAUAAAAGUGAAAUGUAAACCACA